GUCAAUUUCAGUUGACUGUCAAAUGCACAGCUGAACAAACUGACCCGAUGAACGUAUUUAAAAGAUAAAACUCUCAAUUCUGGUGCUACGCAGUGACUCCAUUUGUGUUUAGUGACACCGAGCCUCUCAGUCUGAAAUGUAUCUCUUAUUUUAUGCGGCCGAAACUUCGUUUUACACUUUAUUGAGUUGUUUCCGCUCAUAAACCAGCUCGUGUUGUUGCUGGAAAGCUAUCUUUGCUGGUUCAAAAUGACUAUUCCUGCUUUGAAUAGCACCGGCGUGUUCUACAGACGGAUUUUAUCACAGUUUCCACAGGACAUCAGUUUAGCUUUUGCCUAUGGAUCUGGCGUUUUCAAACAACACGGCACCAACCAAGGUCAAAUGGACAAGAACAUGCUAGACUUUGUGUUUGCGGUGGACGACCCAGUGACGUGGCACACCAUGAAUCUGCUGCAGAAUCGAAAACACUACUCCAUCCUCAAGCUGCUGGGGCCCAGGACGAUCAGCUCCGUACAAAAUGAACAUGGGGCUUCGGUAUACUACAACACACUGGUGCCUGUGGAUGGGAGGAUAAUCAAAUAUGGUGUGAUUAGUACAGAGUCUCUCAUAGAUGACCUGAUGCACUGGAAGACCCUGUAUGUUGCUGGACGCCUUCACAAACCGGUGAAAAUGCUGGUGGAGAAUGAGAAUGGAAAGCUCCGUGCUGCUCUGGUGGCCAACCUGAAGAGUGCUGUGACAGCCUCCUUCCUCAUGCUGCCAGAGAGUUUCACUGAGGAGGACCUCUUCCUGCAGAUAGCUGGUCUUUCUUAUGCCGGGGAUUUUAGAAUGGUGAUCGGAGAAGAUAAAUCCAAGGUGGCCAAUAUCGUCAAAGACCACAUUCAGCACUUUCGGAUUCUGUACAGCAACAUCCUACGGGACUGCCCGCAAGUAGUCUACAAACCUCAACAAGGGAAACUGGAGGUUGACAAAAGCCCAGAAGGUCAGUUUAUUCAGCUGAUGGCAUUGCCUCGGACCCUUCAGCAAAGGAUCACAAAGCUGGUCGAUCCUCCGGGGAAAAACCGAGACGUGGAGGAGAUCCUGCUGCAGGUUGCUCAGGACCCAGACUGUGGAGCUGUCGUUCAACAAGGUAUUUCAUCUAUUGUGAAAUCCUCCUGUAUAACACAGAGUCUCAAAGGCAUUGCUACAGCUGGUUUGUGGAAGACGGGGUCGUACAGCUCCAAGAAACUGAUGAAGAUGUGGAAGGGCUGGAGGAGGAAGCCGUCUGUGUCACAGAUGUCCUGAUCCUGUCUGUUACUGUUUACUCUAUAAAUGUUCAGCCAGACAAUCGACGUCCAUCCUUUGAUUUCUUAUUUUUUUUUUUUACCCUGACAAACUGAAAAUGGAAGAAUCACACACUCUCCUCUGGUUAUAUCACUGCAUAGUCUCUAUGAAGGGGAUCACUGAGCAGGUGUGAGUCUGUGUUUGAAUAGUGUACAACUUUAUCGUGCAAUUCAAAAAAAGUUGUUGGGAAAAAAAGGGUGACAUUUCAAGAGCCUGACUGAAUUAUGGCUGACAUUUAAUGCUACUACAGAUCAAACCUUUCUGCAUGAUGACCAUUUUGAAUUAUGCGAGCGUUAGAUCUGUGCAAUUUCCAUGUGGACGGCCAGAUGACGGGCAGCUAAGAGAUUGAAAAGAUAUUUCUGUGGGUUAUUUUCAUCUUUGUGCUGAGAGGGCUUUAUUGAACUUUGAGUGUAUUGUCUUCAGAUGUGUGCUGGUGUUACAUGUCACACACACUUCUCAUCCCCCUCUCAACUCCAAAGGUCUCAAAUCUUUCAUUACUUCACGUUUUGAGAGCGUUUUUGAUGUUUGUACCAUAUUUAUAGUAUUCAUAAAAUAAAAAAUAGGAUCACGUUUAUUUUAUGAUUACCAUCUGUUUACCUCUCU